GUAGAAAUCCAUUGUGGGUGGUGGGUCCUGAGCUGGGUUGGGGCCAAGGAAUACCCCCUUUGGCUGAGAGUUCAAGUAAGGGCUGCUCAUCCAAUUCCUAUUGACCAAGGAGCUUUUGUCUUGACUUGGGCAUAGAGUUGGAACCCACUCAGGGCCAACCCCACAGGGAGAGAUCUUGUUCAUGGUCAAGAUGGGCUUCCCUGGGCUGGGAAGAGGGUGUACGGGGGGCAUUGCAGAAAGGUUCUGUGCUGCUGUGUGUUGAUUCCUCCUUCCUACAAGCACCUGUUCUUUCCACAUAGGCCCAAAGGAUUUUACUCUUGAGUCUUACUUCAGCUGGAGCUGAUCAGCUUUAUAUUAUGGGGCUCUGCAUAAGGUUUCUUCUGCGGAGAAGUUACACUGCUAAAUGUAGUAAGCAUGAAAACCCCUAAGGAGACUUACUCCAGCCCAGAUGGGCCUCGGUGAACUCACCAGGUCUUCUCGGGGAGGACCUCAAAGAUAAUUUCUCUGGUAUGAGAAUAAUCAAAAGGGUUUGUUAGUCCCUGGUCUCUGAAGGAUCUGAGCCGCCAAAAUUCCAACCCUACCUACUACAGUCCCAGGCAUAAGUGAUCCUCCUGGAAGCUAAAAUCAGAGUACUGGCCCUAUUGUCUCCAAACUCAGGGAUCGUCAAAUCUGACUUGGAUAAAGCCAAGGUUAGCCUGGGGUGUCCUGACAGGUUGGGACCUAUGUGUCCAUCUUUCCAGAAUCACCUAGAACCAAGGGCUGAGAGGGUGGAGCAUUCUUUUGGUCUGUGGGAACUAUGGGCUGCCAGCGCACGGUCACGCAGAGUCCAGGGGACCCAUCGGGACCAUCGUCCCGUCCCAUUCCCUUGCGGCCGCGGUUUUCUUGAAUGUCCCAAAGUACAGAAAGCCCAGAACCAGGUCGGGCCUGCCUCACCGCUGGUUUGGGACGACAACGCUCUGCCUGCUCCGGAAAAGGUUCCAGCGGGCGGAGUCGCUGCUCCCCGCCCGAAUCAACGCGGCACUACCGGGUCGCCUGCCGAGUCAUCCAGGAGACGCCCGAGAGAUAACGCGCUCCGCCCCAGGAUUCUCUACCGCCGCGGGGCAACUAAGGCCCGCCUGCCCGGCGGUUUGUCCAAUCCCGAUCAAAUAUUCAGGCUCCGCCCCCUCCCCCGCCCCAAGUUUGGGUUGUCAUUUCCCGUUCGCUCCCGGAAGUCGUGCUUUGGAGCCAAAUUUGAAGCGAGCAGAGACGCGGGGGCGCGUUCAAAGCUAGACCUGUAGCAGUUUCCUUGGCUACCUGAGCCCUUUAAGUCCAGUCAUCAUGCCUAUCCGUGCUCUGUGCACUAUCUGCUCCGACUUCUUCGACCACUCCCGUGACGUGGCCGCCAUCCAGUGCGGCCACACGUUUCACCUGCAGUGCCUAAUUCAGUGGUUUGAGACAGCACCAAGUCGGACUUGCCCACAGUGCCGAAUCCAGGUUGGCAAAAGAACCAUUAUCAAUAAGCUCUUCUUUGACCUCGCCCAGGAAGAGGAGAGUGUCUUGGAUGCAGAAUUCUUAAAGAAUGAACUGGACAACAUCAGAGCCCAACUUUCCCAGAAAGAGAGGGAGAAACAGGACAGCCAGGUCAUCAUUGAUACUCUGCGGGACACACUGGAAGAGCGCAACACCACUGUGGAAUCUCUGCAAAAGGCCUUAGGCAAGGCUGAGAUGCUGUGCUCCACACUCAAAAAGCAGAUGAAGUACUUGGAGCAGCAGCAGGAUGAGACUAAACAAGCACGGGAGGAGAUUCGCCAACUCAGAAGAAAGAUGAAAGCCAUGGAGCAGAUUGAGCUUCUACUCCAGAGUCAACGACCUGAGGUGGAGGAGAUGAUCCGAGACAUGGGUGUGGGACAGUCAGCGGUGGAGCAGCUGGCUGUUUACUGCGUGUCCCUCAAGAAAGAGUACGAGAAACUAAAAGAGGCACGGAAGGCCUCAGGGGAGCUGGCUGACAAGCUGAGGAAGGACUUGUUUUCCUCCAGAAGCAAGUUGCAGACAGUCUACUCCGAAUUGGAUCAGGUCAAGGUAGAGCUGAGGUCAGCCCAGAAGGACUUACAGAGUGCUGACAAGGAAAUCAUGAGUCUAAAAAAGAAGCUGUCAAUGCUGCAGGAAACCUUGAACCUGCCACCCGUAGCCAGCGAGACUGUCAACCGCCUGGUUUUAGAGAGCCCAGCCCCUGUGGAAAUGCUGAACCUGAAGCUCCGCCGGCCAUCCUUCAGCAAUGAUAUUGACCUCUAUGCUACCUUUGAUGUGGAUACCCCCCCAGCUCGGCAUUCCAGCUCCCAGUAUGGCCAUUCCAAGAAGCUCUGCCUGGAGAAAGCCCACUCUCCCAUUCGGGACAUCCCCAAGAAGAUGCCCAGAGGCCCCAGAAAGGAGUCUCACCUAUCACUGGGUGGCCAGCGCUGUGCAGGAGAGUCAGACGAAGAACUGGAUGGUGCCUUCCCUGUCUUCUUCCGGAAUGCCAUCCUGGGCCGGAAACAUCCCAGGAUGGCCAGGGCAGAGUCUUGUCACAGCACAGAUGUGGUAAGGACAGGCUUUGAUGGGCUCGGAGGCCGGACAAAAUUUAUCCAACCUACUGACACGGCCAUGAUCCGCCCACUGCCUGUUAAGCCUAAGGCCAAGGCUAAGCAGAGAGUGGGGGUGAGAACAGUGCACCCUCCCUCCCAGGCCAAGCUGGACACCUUCCUGUGCUAGUGAGAACAGUGAGUCUGAGUAGUGGCCAGAUACAUGCCUACUUGUAGGCCAAGAACUGUCCAGGCAUGGGGUUUUUGGGAGAUAGCCCCUCUUCCAGAACCAGCCCUGAGAGCAAGGGCAGACAAGCAGGUGUGAGUGAGAGUGUUGCCCAGAGACUGCUCUUCCUGAACUCACCCUGCCCCAUUCCUGCCACAUUCCUGCCACAUUGGGUCUAACUUUGGGAGCUCCAUGACCAGCUCAUCAUUCCUGUCAACAGGGCCUGUUCAUUGUCCCAGGCACCUAUUUAUGGCCAUGAUCAGAUGUGGCCGGGCUCCUUCUGGUCCUGGAGACCAGGGUUACUUGUUGACUAUAUGAACAAAGUGCUUGAGGCUUCUCAGGAAGCCUUCACCUGAGCUACUACCUGCCUCUGGCUUGCUGCUAGUCAUGGCCUGGGCCAAGCAGAGUGGGGAAUGGUGGUGGAGAGUGAACGCGAGAAGAUUUGUAAAAUAAAGAAAUAAUAAAAUAAAUAAUUUAAAUAAUAAUAAAUAAU